AUGGCGGGAUCAGAUGACAAUGGUGAUGACCGACUUCCCUUUGGGGACUACCAGUUGGAGCUAUACAAGAACGGGGUUCUGCUAGGGGAGCCGCCGGUGGUCACGACGAAUCCGAACGGACUUGAAGCACAGGCAAGGAAGGUCAUGGCACCGGGGCCCUUCAACUACAUUUACGGGGGCGCUGGAGAAGCAGCGACUAUGGAAGCAAACCGGCUGGCCUUCCGACAAUGGAAAAUCAUCCCUCGCGUGCUGAGGCCAACGGUACCGAGGGAUCUGAGCGUGGAACUCUUUGGCAAGAAGUAUCCCAGCCCUGUGGCAAUGGCACCAAUUGGUGUCCAGGGCGCAUACCACCAGGACCGCGAGCUCGGCGUGGCAGAGGCGUGCACAGAGCUCGGCGUGCCGUUCACGCUCAGCACGGCGAGCACCAGCACCAUCGAGGAGGUGGCAGCGGCGUCGGGGGCCGGGUCGCCGCGGUGGUUCCAGCUGUACUGGCCGCAGGACGACGAGAUCACGGCGUCGCUGCUGGGGCGGGCGCGAGACUCCGGCUACACGGUGCUGGUGGUGACGCUCGACACCUUCACGCUGGCAUGGCGGCCGCUGGACCUCGACGGCGGCUUCCUGCCGUUCAUCCAGGGCCAGGGCAUCGAGAUCGGGCUCAGCGACCCGGUCUUCCGGCGCAAGUUCGCCGAGGCCAACGACGGCGACACCCCCGAGGACAGCCCGCUCCUCGCGGCGCAGGCCUUCAUCCGCGAGGCCUUCUCCGGCCACGCGCACAGCUGGGAGGACCUGGCGCUGCUUCGGAAGCACUGGGACGGGCCGAUCGUGCUCAAGGGCAUCCUCAGUGUCGAGGACGCGCGGGCGGCUGCGAGGCACGGGAUGGACGGGAUUAUCGUGUCUAACCACGGCGGGCGGCAGCUGGACGGCGCGGUGCCGUCACUCGAGAUGCUGCCCGAGAUCGUGGACGCUGUGGGCAAGGAGCUUACGGUGAUGUUCGACUCGGGUAUCCGGACGGGAGCAGACAUCGUGAAGGCGCUGUGCCUCGGGGCGCAGGCGGUGCUGGUAGGACGGCCUGUCAUGUACGGCCUGGGGAUCGCAGGCAAGGAGGGCGCGAAACACGUCCUCGCCGGGCUGCUCGCUGAGAUCGAUCAGACGCUGGGUCUAUGCUGUGUCAGGAGCGUGGCAGAGCUGAAUAGGGGCAUAUUGAGAAAGUUGGCCUAUGGGGGUGAUGUGAAAUCAUCGCUCUAA